AUGGUCCGCUUCAAGUAUCGCCAUCUCCUUGUCGAGUUCCUCGAUCCCGAUUCCCUCUCACCCCUUCCUUCCGUCAAUCUUCCCAGCCCCGAAGAAGUGGAGGGCGAAGAGUGGGAGGGCGAGGAGGAGUUGGCGCGCAUACCUUCCCUUCCCUUCGUGUUACCGCUCAAUCCAACCAAACCGCUGUUAGGAGAUGAGGGCGCCAGCGCAAUCUACAAGGCCGUUAGGGCCAUGUGCCAGAACGUAUUUGGAGACGAGGGGUGGGGCCGGGUGUCGAGUAGUUUCAAGGUGACCUAUCACUCUUCCCUCACCACACUCACACUCCUCCGCGUCGCGCGUCCGCACUACCGCCUUCUCUGGGCGGCAAUCACUCUCCUCACCACGGUUGGAGGCGUCGCUGUUCUUCCGCGCGUCUUGGCGGUCAGCGGGACGAUCAAGAAGCUCCAAGCAGCUGCAAUCGUACACCACCGCCGUGUGACCGCGGCUGCUGUCGCAGCUUUGCUGAAGGAAGGCAGUAAAGGCGAGGCGGACAAGGAGGCGCUCGAGAAGCGAUGGGUGGUCGAGCGCGACGAGUUGGUACGUAUGGAGGCACCGGAAUAG